AGAAGUGGCAAUCACCAUCAGACAAACAUGGUUGUGAAUAUCUAUCUGGUUUUAGUGAGAGAAACGAGGUAUAGUUAGAGUGUGUGUGUUUGUGUGUGUGAUUGUUGCUUUGAUUUUGAGUUUUUUCUGUGUCGUCUUCUCAAUGGAAAGUAACUAAUCACACACAGAGAGAGAAGUGGGGGAACUACAAAAAAGAUACCUAGUUCUAUCUAUCUAUCUAUCUAUCUAUUGAAAUUAAUCCAGGAUUGAAGGAAGGAAAGAAGGAAAGAAAGAAAGAAAGAAAGGUAGGGUUUUUCAAUUUAUUCUCUUUUUGCCCGCUAAUUGGAUUAGGUAUGUUAUUAUCUCAGAAUUAUUCAACUUUUCGAUCUUCCCAAGUACCCACUUCCUUUUGAAGUCGUCUCCAAUACAGAACAACAUCAUGGACGUCGAUUCAACUACUGGGUCCAAGACUGAUCAAGAUCCCGUCGAUGAAAACCUCAACGGCACCGUCUCCGACGACUCGGAACAAUCUCCGGUGACUUCUGGAUCUCCAUCGCAGCCAGGCUCACCUAAGCAACAACCCAGCUCGGUUGCAGGUCCGAGAUGGGCGCCGACGUAUUCGGUAGUUGACGCAGUUAUAGAGAAGAAAGAAGACGGACCAGGUCCGAGAUGCGGUCAUACAUUGACGGCUGUUUCGCCUAUUGGUGAAGAAGGAACGCCGGGUUAUAUUGGUCCAAAAUUGAUUUUGUUUGGUGGUGCCACUGCUCUUGAAGGCAACUCUGCUGCUCCAGGGACUCCAUCUUCAGCUGGAAGUGCCGGAAUAAGGUUAGCUGGAGCUACAGCUGAUAUACACUUGUAUGAUAUAAUGUCAAAUAGAUGGAGUAGGAUAACGCCAUUUGGAGAGCCUCCUACGCCAAGGGCAGCUCAUGUGGCAACGGCUGUGGGUACUAUGGUGGUUAUUCAGGGUGGGAUUGGUCCAGCUGGUUUGUCGGCUGAAGAUCUUCAUGUUCUUGAUCUCACACAGCAGAAACCGCGAUGGCAUCGGGUUGUCGUUCAAGGUCCGGGACCAGGUUCAAGAUACGGGCAUGCUAUGGCUCUUGUAGGCCAAAGAUAUCUCAUGGCGAUAGGUGGAAAUGACGGAAAGCGACCGUUGGCUGAUGUAUGGGCCCUUGAUACAGCUGCGAAACCAUACGAAUGGCGGAAAAUAGAACCGGAAGGGGAAGGUCCACCACCUUGCAUGUAUGCAACAGCAAGUGCACGCUCAGAUGGUCUUCUUCUUCUUUGUGGAGGAAGAGAUGCUAAUAGUGUGCCAUUAGCUAGUGCAUAUGGACUCGCAAAACAUAGAGAUGGUCGAUGGGAAUGGGCUAUUGCUCCUGGUGUCUCACCAUCACCAAGAUACCAGCAUGCUGCUGUUUUCGUCAAUGCACGCCUUCACGUAUCAGGUGGUUCCCUUGGCGGUGGAAGAAUGGUUGAAGAUUCAUCAAGUAUUGCUGUUCUGGACACUGCUGCCGGAGUUUGGUGUGAUACUAAGUCUGUUGUUACCAGUCCCAGGACAGGCAGAUACAGUGCUGAUGCUGCUGGUGGAGAUGCUGCAGUUGAACUGACUAGACGUUGUAGGCAUGCUGCUGCAGCUUGUGGUGACUUAAUCUUCAUCUAUGGAGGUUUACGUGGUGGGGUAUUAUUGGAUGACUUACUAGUCGCUGAAGAUCUGGCUGCAGCCGAGACAACUAGUGCAGCUUCACAUGCUGCAGCUGCAGCAGCAUGUAGUUUAUCAGCAGGGAGAAUGCCAGGAAAGUACGCAUUUUCUGAUGAAAGGACUAGACAGGCAAGUCCUGAAGGAGCUCCAGAUGGAGCAGUUGUGCUGGGCAAUCCUGUAGCUUCUGCUGUAAAUGGUGACGUGUAUAGUGACAUAAGCACUGAAAAUGCAUCACUUCCUUCUAGGAGAUUGAGCAAAGGUGUAGAAUACUUAGUUGAGGCCUCGGCUGCUGAAGCAGAAGCAAUUAGUGCUACAUUAGCUGCUGCCAAAGCUCGUCAAAUCAAUGGAGAAGUUGAAUUGCCUGACAGAGAUCGUGGGGCUGAGGCCACUCCCAGUGGGAAGCAGAUAUCUACUUUAAUCAAACCAGAGUCUGCUAUGACAAAUAAUUCAGCACCUGCUGGAGUGAGAUUGCAUCAUCGAGCUGUAGUUGUAGCUGCAGAAACUGGCGGGGCUUUAGGUGGCAUGGUCAGACAGCUUUCAAUUGAUCAGUUUGAAAAUGAAGGACGGCGAGUCAGCUACGGGACGCCUGAGAAUGCAACAGCUGCAAGAAAAUUGCUGGACAGGCAAAUGUCAGUCAGCAGUGUGCCCAAAAAGGUAAUUGCACACCUUCUGAAACCUCGUGGAUGGAAGCCUCCUGUUCGAAGACAGUUUUUCUUGGACUGCAAUGAAAUAGCAGAUCUUUGUGAUAGUGCUGAACGUAUAUUUACCUUGGAACCAAGUGUUCUACAACUUAGAGCGCCUAUCAAGAUAUUUGGUGAUUUACACGGACAAUUUGGGGAUCUUAUGCGCCUUUUUGAUGAAUAUGGUUCUCCUUCAACUGCUGGAGAUAUAUCAUAUAUCGAUUAUCUCUUCUUAGGAGAUUAUGUUGAUCGGGGCCAGCAUAGCUUGGAGACUAUCACACUUCUACUAUCUCUAAAGGUGGAGUAUCCUCAUAAUGUUCAUUUAAUUCGCGGGAAUCAUGAAGCUGCAGAUAUCAAUGCACUUUUUGGCUUCCGAAUUGAGUGCAUUGAGCGAAUGGGUGAGAGGGAUGGAAUCUGGACUUGGCAUAGAAUAAACAGAUUGUUCAACUGGCUUCCUCUUGCAGCGCUUAUUGAAAAGAAAAUCAUAUGCAUGCAUGGUGGCAUUGGAAGAUCAAUAAAUCAUGUCGAACAAAUCGAGAAUAUUCAGCGCCCAAUAACCAUGGAAGCUGGAUCCAUUGUUCUAAUGGAUUUGUUGUGGUCUGACCCAACUGAAAAUGAUAGCGUGGAAGGAUUACGACCAAAUGCCAGAGGACCCGGUUUAGUUACUUUUGGGCCUGACCGUGUGAUGGAGUUCUGCAAUAACAAUGACCUUCAGUUAAUUGUACGAGCCCACGAAUGUGUGAUGGAUGGAUUUGAGCGUUUUGCACAAGGUCACCUAAUUACCCUCUUCUCAGCCACCAAUUAUUGCGGUACUGCAAACAAUGCAGGGGCAAUCCUAGUUUUAGGUAGAGACCUUGUAGUAGUUCCUAAACUGAUUCAUCCAUUGCCACCUGCAAUCACAUCACCAGAAACAUCUCCUGAACACCACCACCACCACAUAGAAGAUACAUGGAUGCAGGAGCUUAAUGCUAACAGGCCACCAACACCAACUCGAGGCCAUCCUCAAGCAUCAACCGACCGCGGUGGUUCUCUUGCUUGGAUUUAGGAUCAUCAUCAUCUCACUUUCCUUAUAUGGUUGUGCUCUGUACCAGAGAUACAAUUGCCUAUGUUUGGAGGAGAAAAGCCAUUUUAGUUUCGAUGGGUUAGGGUGAAUCCAAAUGAAGCUUAAGAUGUAACAUUUUAGUCAGUCAUAGGCAUAUAUAUAUAUAUAUAUAUUCAUUUCCAAGCGGGUGGGGGAGUGGCCAUCUGGAGAUUUCUCCAUUUGUAUAUUUGUGCCAGAUAGUAGAGUGGAAGAGGAUAAAUAUUGGUUAUGGUCAUAUUUGUUCUAGUUGGUGAUUUGUAUCAUUUUGGCCUCUCUAUUUUUUGUUUUUGUUUUGUUUUGUUUUUGUUUUUGUUUUUGUUGUUGUUGUUGUUGUUGGUAUCAUCGGUUGGAAGAUAGAUAUAAGAAGGUUGGUCAUUGUGUGAAUGUAGUAGGGGGGUAUGAAGAAGAAGAAGAAGGAAGAGUCUUUGUUUUUUGAGUUAUUAUUAUUCAUGUUGUAACAAUAGAUAAAAUGUUUUGUAAUUUGUUAUUUUGUUGCUCUACAAUAUUUUUACAAAUUGGUAUUCACACUUACUAUUUUUAUUUUCA